GAAUGUCAAAAUUAUCUCCUGAGCUUUCAUUCAAAUUAUCUUACAAUGUGAGAAACGAACGAUAGAAUUAGAUAAAUUAGAUCGUUUGAGCUUACAUUUGGUUUUAGUCUUGGAUAAAUAUUCGUAUUAUCAGAAAGAAGCAGCGUAGUUAAAGAUGUUAGGACCAAUAGUGUUCCUACUUCUGUUUCAUUAUACAGUUCCAGGUGUGAUGUCCGUAGACAUACCCUGUGCUGCCAGACAGAUGGAGUUCGGCACCGUAUGCGUGUGUAACUCCAGCUAUUGUGACACUGUGACUAGACCUUCGCCCUUGGCUACUGGGAGCUACUAUCAUUACACCACCAGUCAGGACAGUCCGGGCUUCACACGGACUACGGGGAACUUCAUCGUCGAAGACCGUGUUUAUGAUGAUAAUGAUGACCAUAUCGUGUUUACCGUGAAUCCAAGUAUUGAACACCAAGAAAUAUUGGGAUUUGGAGGUUCUUUCACUGACUCCUCUGGCAUUGUGAUUUCCAACAUGUCUACAGAGGUGCAGGACAAGAUUAUGGAAUCCUAUUUUGGAGCGACAGGAGUGGAGUACAAUUUUGGGCGAGUCCCUAUUGGUGGAUCGGAUUUCUCCGUGAGGUCUUACACUUAUGAUGAUACACCAUUCGAUGGCGACCUCACUCAUUUCAGUCUUGCUGAAGAAGAUUACAAGUAUAAGAUUCCUUUGAUACAGAAAGCCAUGAACAUCACCCCUCGCGAGAUCAAACUCAUUGGCUGCGCCUGGUCCUCCCCAUCCUGGAUGAAAACUAACGGUGCCGCUUCCUCGGGAUAUUUACUCAGUAAAUACUACAGUUCCUGGGCCAAAUAUCACAUCAAAUUUCUAGAUGGUUACGCCACUGAGGGGAUCAAGUUCUGGAUGAUAACUAGUGGGAAUGAAGUAUUCUUCCCUCUUAUUAUUCAGGGGUCGUUUGGAUUAAACAUGAUUAUCAUGCCCAUGACUCACCGCCAGUGGGUCAAGGAUCACAUGGCACCCCUUCUCCAGUCUUCUAACCACAGCAAUGUCAAGUUCGGACUCAUAGAUGACAUGAGACCUUUCAUCAACUUCUGGAUGAGUCGGUUCGCCAGGUACCCGGAUACUUAUGAUCUUGUAGCAGGAGUAGCACUCCACUGGUACUGGGACUGGAUCUCUCCAUCCUUCGUGGCGGACGAUUACCAUAAGAAAUUCCCCGACAAGCUGAUACUCUAUACUGAGUCUAGCAUCAACGUUAUACUUUUUGGAGGACAACCAGUAGAAUUGGGGUCAUGGCGUCGAGGUGCCUUAUAUGCUUUCAACAUAAUGCAGAACAUAAAUCACUGGGCGAAUGCGUACAUAGACUGGAAUCUUGUCCUCAACACUGACGGUGGACCAUACAUAAGCUUACCCUUGGAUGCUGCCAUCAUUGUUAAUCAGACCAGUGGAGAGUUCUACAAGAACCCAAUGUUCUAUACACAGGGUCACUUCUCCAAGUUCAUCCCUCCAGGUUCCAGGCGAAUUGAUGUACAGUCCAACCAGAACAGUUCCGCUAAUGUCACUCAGACUGGUAACAACUUCGACAUGAAGAUUUUACUUGGUCUACUGACACCUUCUCCUGAAGUUUCUGAUAACUCUUCCACACCGAGUCCACUCCCGACCUUCCCACCAUUUCCUUACAUAGGGGUACCUCAGACUGUUGAGUGCUUGGCCACCAAAAACCCAGACAACAGCUCUACUGUGAUCGUAUUCAAUGCAAAGGAUGUGGCUGUUAACGUCACUAUAGCGGACGUGAUGGCGGGCAACAUCACUGUGACUAUGGCUGCACAGUCGAUCAACUCGUUCGUCUACUGGCGCAACCCUAGUUGACGAGAGUGUCAGUAAAGUUUUAAAUUAUCAAAAGAUGAGUUAUUUACCUUGCUUUGUUUAACAUAAGAUUCGUUAAAACAUAAUAUAUGCUUUAUUUGUAUUAACAUGUA